AUGCCCACUUUAUCUAACAAUUACAGUCUCAAGGGAAACCAACUCGCCGUGGUAGACAUUACCGACAAAUCCCUAACCCACCAGCGCAAGCAACAAAUCGCCCGCGAGUUCAACUUCUCCGAAAGUGUCUUCCUUACUCAUGGCGGGCCGGGUCGAAACCCGCGCGCCGAGAUCUUCACGCCCGUGAAUGAGAUGGAAUUCGCCGGUCAUCCGGUCAUUGGUUCGGGACAUGUUUUGUUUCAGGGCCUGUUGGGUUCAUACGGCCCCAGUCAGAGUAUGACGUUGGACACCAAGGCGGGGCCAGUUGCGAUUAAAUAUGAUCCGGCUGAGAAGGUUGUCUCGGCGGGGGUUCCGCAUAAUGUGCAUGUUCAUGAGAAGCAGGCUCCCCUUUCUGUUCUUGUAAUGACGCAGAAGGGUCUGGCCGAUGUCGCCGGUCUCGACAGCACAUUCCCCACGAUAUCUAUGGUCAAGGGAGUCACCUAUGUUCUGGCCGAUUUUACAAAGCAGCCUGAUGCAUUUGCCAACUUGGCUCCGGGGCCAAGCCCAACUAUUGACCUGGACGAUGACUGGAGUCCUUCGUUUGUCGGAGUCAUGUACUAUCGAACUCUGCAGUCUCGCGUCGAGGAAGAGACGACCGUAUGGGACCUCCGUGUGCGCAUGAUUGCCAUCGACCUGGAGGAUCCGGCGUGUGGAAGUGGAUCGUGUGCCUUGGGUGCGUAUCUCGCUUUGCAAUCUGGACAGCAAAGUCGCAAGCAUCGCUUCAAUAUCGACCAAGGAUCGGAAAUUGGACGCGAUAGUCAGAUCAUUGUCAACAUUGGGUUGAACGAGUCACGAGACAAGGUGGAGAGCAUGCAGCUCGCUGGUCCAGCGGCUUUGGUGGCUCAAGGCAAGAUCUUCUUGGAUUAG